AUGUCGAUAUUGGGAUAUAUCACAGAUUUGGGGAAUAUGAUAGAAUCUAUUGCUCUCUUCUUCUUUGCGUUUGAUUUUGUUACUCGCAAUCCUCUUCAGGUCGCUGGAGUGGACAAGACAGAUAUCGAUAGUCCUCCGGGAUCAUGGCAAACAAAGAAAAAAAGUUUGUGCUACCCACCCAAAACAGAAGAAUUAGACCAGAAUAAGGAGGAGCAUGAAGUUUAA